CAUUGCACUUUUUUCAUUUUGAUUCAAGGUCGCGGCUGUGCGCAUGUUUUCUUCAAUAAAAUCCAAUUAAAAUUGUCCCCAGUGCCACAAUCUUAUGCUUUACCGUGCAUUGCGGAGUUUAUCUAGUUAUCUAAAUAAAAUGGUGCCUGAAGUUGUAUUCGUGCUUGGUGCACCCGGUGCCGGCAAAGGAACACAGUGCUCUCUUAUUUCUAAAGAAUAUGGCUUUGUUCACCUUUCUGCUGGGGAUUUGCUACGCGAGGAGCGUCAGAGGCCUGGUUCCGAGUACGGAGAGAUGAUAGAGCAGUGUAUACGUAAUGGUGAAAUUGUUCCUGUCGAGGUUACAUGUUCACUUCUUCACAAGGCGAUGCAGAAGUCGGGUCAGACUAGGUUCUUGGUAGAUGGCUUCCCUCGAAACAAGGAUAACUUGGAGGGCUGGACACGAGAAAUGGCGGAUAAGACAAAAUUAUUAUUUGUUCUAUUCUUUGAGUGUUCAAAAGAUUUAUGCACUGAGCGGUGUUUGGGACGUGGCGCGGCCGGCAGCGGGCGUUCAGACGACAAUUUGGAGAGUCUUAUGAAGAGAUUCAAUACUUAUUUGAAUGACACUAUGCCUAUUAUAGAGCACUAUGAGAAACAAGGGCUUGUGCGUAAAAUCAAUGCUGAGGUUGCUCCUGAUCAGGUGUUUGAAGAGGUUAAAAAAGCAUUUAACCAGUGUGGAUUGGAGAAAUUGAAUAACUAAUAUUAAUGAUAGAUAAUUUAGCAUAAUAGUAUUGUGAUACAUCUUACCCUGUGCUAGCUAUGUGCUACAUAUUACAUACCAAUAGUUUAAAAGAUUGAGCUUUAAAAGUAAUGUAACAUGAGUGAAAAUAUUGAAUGACAAAAAUGUUAUGUAUUAUUGUGAUUAACAGUUGCUUAGCUACACCUACUUAUGAGGUGGAGUAAAAUCAUGAUGCCUGGAAGUAGAACGGAAGACUUGGUUCUUUAUAAAAUUUUAAUUUAAUUAAUGCUUCUAUGCCUAAGCCAGUUAAGAAAUAUCUACUUAAACCAAUUUAAAAAAAAAUUUAUUGAACCCACUCUACUUUUUAUUCUAGCUGUUAACUAAAUUGCUAAGAUUUUUUUAUCAUCAUGGUGAAAUUUUCCUAAACUUUAUUACUUGGUUUUGAACUUAUUUAUUUUGUUUUAGAAUUAAUAAUUUAAAUCAGCAUGAAUAUAGGUUGUAAUUGUGA